AACUCUUAGUCAGAUAGAAAACUAGUCAGCCAACACUUUAAUUUUACCGUUAUAAUUGGAGACCUUCAAUCAACUCCGAUAGUAGUAUAAAAAUUCUACCCAUUUCCAAUAAAGUGAUGUUUAAAAUAUCAGCUACUCUACUUGCGAAAAAUGUUUGAAGAGGUACAAGUUUUAAUUGUUGGAGCUGGUGCUGCUGGUAUCGCUGCGGCAUGCCGUUUGCUAGAGCAAGGUCUUGAAAAUGUCACCGUUUUUGAAGCCGGAGAUCGAAUCGGAGGGCGCGUACAUACCGUAGAAUUCGCUGAUAACGUGAUAGAGUUAGGAGCAGAAUAUGUGCACGGUGAGCGUGGAAAUAUAUCCCACGAAUUGGCAUCUCGCCACAAUCUUUUGGAAGGUUCUAAAAUUUUGACCAAAAAUGAAAAUUGGAUAUUUGCUGAUUCUCAAGGAGAAAUCAUACCUAGAGAACAAAGUACCGAGCUACUGAAUAUAUAUCACGGCAUCUACGCAGUUAUGCCAAACAAGCUAACAGAUUUCGAGGGAUCGUUCGGAGAAUAUUUCACACAAGAGUAUUUCAAGGCAUUCAAGGAAAAUCCGUUCACAAAUUUCACUAGGGCAGAAGAAUUUUUGGAGUGGAUUCGAAGGUAUGAGUGUAUCAUAGAUUCUUGCGAUUCGUGGUCCGAAGUUUGUGCAUCUGGACUUGCUGAGUAUUGGAUAUGUCCAGGGAAUCCAUUACUCAAUUGGAAAGGCAGGGGAUAUAAAACUCUGUUUGAAGUUUUGAUGAACAAGUUUACACCAGAGGCAAAUGAGCUACCACUUUUGGAAAAAGUGCACUUCAAAAAAGUAGUUUCAAGUAUCGACUAUAGCAGUGAAAAUCAAAUUAUUAUCAAAACUACUGACAACUUAGAGCGUAAUGCUGAUCAUGUUAUUUUUACACCCUCACUUGGUGUACUGAAAGAACAACACAACAAUUUAUUUACACCACCACUAUCUGAAUUGAAAAAACGUACCAUACAGGGUCUUGGAUUUGGGACAGUGGACAAAAUUAUCUUUGAAUUUCCCUACAAAUGGUGGCCCGAAGAUGUCGCCGGUUUUAAUGUAGUUUGGUCAAAGGAGGAUAAGACAAAGUUUCUACAAUCUCUCGACAAAGGCAAUGAAUGGUUGGCUGAAGUUUUUCAUUUCUCCACUGUUGACCAUCAACCUCGUGUUUUAAGCGGUUGGCUCACUGGACCAUGUGCAAAGCAUGUUGAGAACUUAGCAGAUUCAAUUGUACUUGAUGGAUUCUAUGACAUACUGCAAAGGUUCUUCAGUAAAAAUUUCAACAUUCCAAAACCGAUAAAUAUGAUACGGUCUAAGUGGAAUCAGGAUAAAAACUUUAGAGGCUCCUACAGUUUGCGAACUUUGGAAUCUAAAAAGUUAGACGUCUGGGCGAAAGACCUUGCUGAACCUAUUAUUAAUCCCACUGGAAAACCAGUAAUUUCGCUUCUGUAUCGAUAUCAUUUAAUAGUUAUAAGCAAGAAUGAAACAAACCAUUUUUUACAGAUAUUACUUUUUGGUGGGGAAGCAACUAAUGAGCACUAUUACUCGACAGUUCAUGGUGCAGUUGAAAGCGGAAUUCGUGAAGCUGAUAGACUGAUAGAUUAUUACAGGAAAAGAAAAUCCCAGCUAUAACAAAGUGGUCAUACAUUCCAAAUGACGGAUGAUGCUGAAUAUUAAUCAUAGAUAUUAAUUCCUGUAUUGUAAACAAAGAAAUAUUAGGGGUGCGUUCCAAAACUAGCUGACAGCGCUGAAAGCUCCCUAGGACAGUGACAGAGCUAUUCACAAACUCGGCAGCGCAAAAGAGAUACGAGAUUGCCGAUGGCAUUGGGAGCUAAUUUCGAAACCCGUCAAAGGUAUAUUUUUCUAUGUAAUAUGUAAAAACGCAAUUUGUAAAUCAUAUAUAUUGUACAUCCUAUGCCCAGUGAAUAAAGUGGAA